AUGGGUAAUAACUUCAAACGAAAAAAACGUACUGCUCAAGUUGCUCCACAACAAGCCGUAGUAUAUCUCUAUCCUCAACAACAAGCAGUUCGAUAUAAUCCAGCUCUAGGUCAAUGGCAACAACAAGUAACUUAUGGAGGUGCAUCAAUAUCACCAAUUAAUACAAGUCAACCAAUAUAUGAAAAUGAUAGUUUUCUUUCAAAUUUAACAGGUUGGUCUGUAGAAGAUAUUAAGCGAUUACGAGAAGAAUUUAUCAAUUAUACUAAUCAAUAUGGUUUAGUAGAUCGUGAUGGUUUUCGAAGACUUUUUGUUGCUUCAUUACUUAAUACGACAUGGCAAGGACUUGAACUUAAUACUGAAGCAGUUUUUCGUUAUUUUGAUUUAAAUCAAUCAGGUGCAUUAGAUUUUAAUGAAUAUAUUAUGGCAUGUUUACGUAUGACUAAUGGAAUGUAA